UCCCAGUCUAGUAUAGUGGUGAUGUGGCCAGUGUGUAUCUCCUGGCCGGGGUUCAGAGGCUAGUAUAGUGGUGGUGUUUCAGCACGGACUCCAUCUUGUCCCCGACCAGCACUGUGAUGCUGUCACCGGACAUCGACGUGGACCACUGCUCACAGGACAGUUCAGCCUCCAGGGAAGGGGGCUUCUUCUUGCUGAGGAAGGACUCGAAGCGGCGCUCCACACUUGUACAAAUACUCAUUCAAGAUACUGAGGAGAUCUGCAAUCAGUGGCUGAUGCUCCUUCACAGGGAUGCCACCAUGUCAAAUCCCAAACUUGACACUGAUCAUCUGAAGUGCCUGUUGAAUGGCAUCCGAGGACACAUAUUGGACCCUAACGUGCGAGCUCUAAAUACAGCCCUAGAUGAGCUGAGAGACAGCCUGACAUUUGACCAGACAGCGCUGAUGGAGAUCCAGCUAGCUCUUUAUGUGUUGCAUGAAGCUGUGAGCACAUGUCUCAAGACGCACAAGAUUCAGCCCCACUGGAUGUUUACGCUAGAUGGGUUGGUACGCGGUGCGGUGCAGACAACCCUGGUCAUACUGGCUCCAGAAUUUGAUGGUCAAGCAUCAGGAGACCAGAUUGAGGACGAAGUAGUCACUUCUGGGGUGUCAUCUGCAAACUCACUCAAACCGCUGUCAUUCAGGAAGGCAGCUGGUCGAGAACUGCAGUCGGAGCUGGAGCAUAUGGAGGAGGAGAACUUCAGGUUGCUGAAGGAGUUGGUGGAGGUGCAGAGGUCCUACCAGAGCCUGCUCCACAGAUCCAUAGAGGAGAAGAAGCUACAAGUGUCACAUCUGUCUUUACUAGUGUCCAAUAAAGAUCAAAAUCUGGCUCUGAAGUCUCAGACUAUGUCUGCAGGUGUUCCAGAGAUUCAGGUGAUCCCUGACUCGGAACUAGUGUCCUGGCUGUCUCAACGGAACUUUGACCAGGACACCAUUCACAAGGUGUGCCAGGAGGAGUACACUCUGCCUGACCUGCUGGAGCUGGCCACCAAGGAAGACCUCACUCGCCUUCAACUCAAGGGCGGUGUGUUGUGUCGACUAUGGCGAGCUCUCCUGACCCACCGAGCCCAGCAUCCUGCACCCAGGUGACAGUGAAAGAGAUCCGCUGUACAUACCACCAUCCCUACACAGUUCAUCACUCCACCCCUCACCACUUGCUGUACCUCCUUCUCCCAACACCAGCAGUGUGGCUGGGGUGCCAUCAUGGUGGGAUACAAUGUUACACCCAGUCAUGUCCUCCAUUUGCCAGUCAGCAUUGCACUACAGUUGGGGAGAGCCCAGUACUACAGCUUCUUCCAGAAGGGGACAUGCAGCCAGACUGGUCUAACUCCACUACAAUAAGUCAGUAAUAAAAGGAAGGUUCACAGUCCUAACAGUCUUGUGCCACUGUAAUCAGGGAGACAGAGACUCACACUGCAAAGCUGGCCACAAAAACAUAUCACAAGCAAGUGUUUCUUUUAGGUUUUUUGCAGGCAUAAAAACAGUUUAAUGUGACUGGUACUCUUAGUUGUUUUCCUGUGAACUGAUUUUAUUUGUACACAUUGUUGGCUGAGUUGUUACUGGUUUCUCUAGUGCGGUUUUGCAUCUACCUAUUGAGGACAACUUUACCCUCCUGACAUGGACAACAUAGAUUCCUACCAUGUUUUUCUAGCAGAAGAUGUGUGUACUGCCAACAAUGAUUACUGCUGCCAGUGUGCUGUACAUGCUGGAAAUAGAAGGAGCUGGUGGAGAAUACAUGAACAGAAAGAAGUCAUUUCCUCUGUGCCCAGUCAUAACAUACAUCACAUCACAUAGAAGUCAUCAGUGUCCAACCGUCAGUCUGAACCAGCCACUACCUCUUUGUCAACUCACCGAAGGCAGCCGCCAACCCAUCUUUAGGGGACCUCUGUGACCGGACAUGAGUGUGGGCAGUUAGUACACUCCAUCAUUACACCUUGAGAACAAUACCACGACUGACCAGGCACUUUAGGCUCAGUACUAAGUGUACUAAGUGUAGUUGAGAACAACAUAAUGUUUUAUGCUGUAUAGCUGACAGUGAAUCUGUGCACCAGUACACAUUUCAACAUGGCAGAUCAAAUGUUCAAUUCUACUCUGAUGCUGUUAACUCAACGGUGGAGCUCAUAAGGAGAUAUAAGGGUAGAUAACUCAAUGGGUUAUUUUAUUUUAAGUCUUGUUGUGUUUGACUCAGCAUUAUCAGCCCUGUGUUCAGCAGUAUGUGGUGCUGGUGUUUUUGUCUUAUAGUGUGUCUGAUUAUUUCCAGUCAAAGAAAGGAUGGAAAUUAUUCAUGAGUGUCCUACAGAAGUUGAGGGCAAUGUUGUGGUACUUAAGCAGGUGUGACUGACCCUAUCUUGUACCUGUUAGUAGACAAAACACCUAGAAAUGUUACAAUGUAGGAAACAUAUGCCAUGUUUUGGACUACUGAAUGCAGGGCUGCAUUUGUUUUUGUUAAUGGAAACCAGUUUGUGUGAUCUAUGUUACAUUACUUAACAUGUCUACUUCAAGUUCAUUUGUUUUGUUUGCAUUUCUGUGGAAGCUGACACUUGCCAUCAUUAACUAGCUGAUCAUGCAUGAUGUGCAACUGGUACCUUUCAUGGUAAAUCCAUACCUUUUGUAAUCAUCCUACACAUUGCCAUAUGUAGGCCCUUGAAUAGUCCCGCUUAUCCCACCUACAGUUGAUUCUCUUGUAUGACGCGUCAGAACCUCUCCAGGGGUGUUGAAACAUUUCACUCACAGCUAGGAGAGGCCAAAGUAGGGCAGCAUGGUGCCAUGCUGGCGCCAGCCGUGCUGAUACAAUCCCAUGCUGAUAGGUGUCUCCACCCAAGCACUUCAACCAUGUUUUCACUUCAGAUGGUGCUUAUUAUUUGUACACAUCGCUUUGUACUCACAUCAGAUACUAGUUCAUGUCACAAGUGACCACAAGUGACUUCCGUCAUGCUACAGUUCCACUACAAUUUGUAGUUUGGGUAGAUCUCAUACAGCAGAUUCAUAUGAGAUAAGGGAUACUCACCUUACUGGGUUGUGCAAACAUAGAUUAGUUGUGUGUGUGAAACAGGUCUCAUCAUAAGACAAUGUUUUGAGCAAACAUAUUUCAUUUAAAUACGUAUAGUCAUAGUAUUAAAGUCUUGAGAAGGCAUGUUGCAUCACAGCUGAUCCUAUCAACUCUAUGUUACUGGAAAUCUUCUUGCUGAGAUGCCUUGUCAAUAAGACAGGUGAUGCACAUAAGCUUGCUUUAAAGAUUUAAGGCUUACCUAACUGCUGAAAACUUACAUCAUCACAAUAUGCCCCCAUCUUUACAUUCAUGUUUUGAUCACUUUCAAGUGAAAAUGUGUAUUGAAGGAUCAGUUCUCUUCCUGAACAAUAUUUGUUGUGAUGAGUGUGAUGUAUUUAGAGGCAAGUGUCUCUGCUGCACCCAAAUCUACCCCAGCUCAAUUUGCUUCUAGCACCAUGGAAAACAUCUGUCAUACAUCAGCUCAUUUUGACCUCCUACAUUGUGACAAGUGAUUUGUCAAAGAAAGGGUGAGUGUAAUAUGUAGUGAAGCUUACUUGAUUUAUCUGAUGACAAUAAGUACCGGUUUCAAUAUUGCCAUGAGUAUCAUCAAUAACAUUGUUAGCUACACAAUUUGCCGUCUAGCUGGUCCAUGUGCCAUUAUUAUAGUUUCUGUACCAUUUCCACCUUAGCGGUUGACAACUGUGAAUGUGUGUCCUAUGUUGUGUCCAUCACUUGUGCAGCCUGCCAUUUCCUGACUGUAUAAAUUGCCUUACCCCGCAACAGGUAACUUGAACAGGUCACUUGCUCUAUGAAGGGUAGUCUGUUUAUUUGAACAGUCACUGUACUGGGUGCUGCAAUAGCAGUAUCAAGAACAGUUUCUUCACUUGGUCAGUGUAGAGCUGCUGUUGAGAGUAUUUGAAGGAAUAUAACAAUUUCAGUUACAGUUAAUGAUUUGUAACUCUCGGUAACCAUGGUGAAGUUGAUGCUAAGUGUGAUUAUUUCAGUGAAGGUUGGCUGUUAUUUAUUGGUGACUCACUAAUCAUAGUGACGUAGAUGCUCAAGGUGACAUUUUAAGUGGACAUUUACUGUUAGUGUUAAGUCUUACACUCCCUCUUUUUGACACCAACUGACAUGGUAUUUUAUUUUGUGUAAGUCAAAAAUACCCAGAUAAGACCUCCACUUAUGAAUCAGUGUUGGUUACACAUCUAAAGUGCCUCUCAUCUCCUUUAUGUUGAACCUGUAGAGGGAUUAUGUGUGUACAUAUGAAGAUCAUUGCAAUUUGUAAAUUGUUUUGUUAACAAAACAAGUUGUAUUCUUUUCUGAAGUAGAGAUUAUUUUGAAAAAUGUUUGUUUGCUGAAUGAAUUGAAGUGUUGGUGUUGCCAAACACUGAUAUUACAGAUUCAGAUAAUAAUGUUAUUGGUAGUGGUCAGGAAGACAACUGGUGUUCAUUUUAUAAGUUAGAUACUGUGCAGAGUAGGUUGUCUUUUAUGUUGCUACUCUCUGAAACAUGCUUUAGAUGUUGGUCCUGACAGGCAGCAGUAUCCUGCAGCAUCUGUCCAAUCCAGUCUUUCGUUACCCAGUCCAGUCUUUCGUUACCAAGUCCCCAGUGAUGUCAGUAAUUAUACAAUGUACGAUCUGUUACAUGUCUGCUAUUGCCAUAGCUUGUGUUUAUACAGACCACUCCCCCCAGCCUUAGCGUCAUGUGGCCCCGAAGUGCACA